UAUUUGUGAAUACAAAAUUAUGCAUGUAUUGGGGGUAGACUUUUGGUCUCAAUAAAUCAGUCUUGAUCUGGAUCUCGUGUUUGAUUGACACCUUACAUAAACAUGGCGCAGUCGGUAGUGAAAAUCUAAAAUAAUUUGUCCUUUCAAGUUACGUCAAGUGUGCGUAGUUAAUUUAUAAAACUAUUGGAUUUAAAACGCAUCGUACUCGUAGUAAUUGUGAACUCUAAAUAAAACAAAAGAAGAUGGAAUCAGUGUUGCCUCCACCCCCGCCAUUUGCAUUUGUGAAUAAUUUGGACAAUGUAACAACAGGAAAUAUAUCUAAGGAGUGGGAAAAAUGGAAAAGUGCAUUUAUGAUCUAUUUUGAUGCAUGUGAGAUGAACAAAAAGGACCCAAAAGUGCAAAUAUGUAUUUUUCUACACAUCGUUGGUGAACAAUGUCGAGAACUAUAUGACCAGUUUAAAGACCAGUGUAAAGAUAUUACAAGCUUAAUAAAAAAAUAUGAUGAAUUGUUUUUGCUCAAGAAAAAUUUGACGGUACAACGACAUCACUUUUUUACUCGAGAUCAACUAGACGGCGAAACAAUUGAUCAGUACUCUCUUGAAUUACGCAAGUUGGCAUCAAAAUGUGAAUUCAAAGAUCUACUAGAUGAUUUAAUACGGGAUAGAUUGAUUUGCGGCCUAAAAGAAAAUGCACUUAGAGAACGAUUAUUACGAGAACCGGAUUUGACGUUACAAAAAUCAUUGGAUAUCUGCAACAUUGCACAAUUAUCUAAAGUACAUGCGGGAAACAUAAAAAAGGAAUUUGUGAAACACGAAGUUUACGCCGUUAAGAACAGUGAUGACGAUAAUCACCAUUGCAAUGAGAGCUCGUGUACAGCAAAUUGGAUAUCAAGACGCGGGAAUACAUCAUCAAAUCAAAGCUUUCGAGGUACGAGUCGCGGGCGCGCGUCACGGCCCGUUGUGUCACGCGGGCAGCGCGUGCAACGGUUUGGUUCCGGGCAGUCUGCGCCGCCGAGUACUUACAACUAUUCAUCCGCUCAAAACUAUCAACAAGAACAACAGUUACAGUGUAGCAAGUGCGGCAUGACUCAUAACAUAAAUAAGUGUCCUGCUUACGGCAAAAGGUGUAUAAAAUGUAACAAACUAAAUCACUUUGCUAGAGUGUGUUUUAAGAAAAAUGUCUACGAAGUGCAAAGCGACGAGUCCUCCGAUCAGGUCAGUGAGACAGCCUGAUCGGUGGGGCUACAACACUUCGCCAAAUGAACAUUGAUGUAUCUUCUAUAGUUAAGUACACUAUAUUAAUAAUAAUAAGAAUGCCAGCUAAGUAAAAUAAGCUUGACACCUUGUCAUUUUUAAGAAACCUUUGGUAAUUAGAUAUGAGAUCAACGAUGUAUAACGGAUAGAUUGUUUUAUUGCAUGUUAAAUUUACCAGUUUACUGUGUAUGUACCUACCUAUACAUACAUACGUGAUUCCAUAGAUUUGCUAAUCCAAAUCUUUGUGCAAUUCAAUAUGGUACUGAUGAAAUCAAACUCUGUAGGUAUAAUAUAAUAUGUAAUUAUUAAUAUAAUAUGUAAUUGUUGUAAUAAAAUUAAUUAAAACACAAAUUAACAAAAAAUAAAAUAUUUAAUAAAUUGUAUUUUUAUCUUACUGAAUACAUAAUACUCAAAGCAAAUAUACAAAAUAAAAUUGCGUUAAAAUAGUUCAUAAUGUUCAAAUUUAAUGAUAUUGUUAUAAUAGGUAGGCAUGGAAAAUUCAAUUAUGUAUUACUUUAUUUCUAUGUAGUUUGAAAUGAUAACAAUUUAUGCUGGUCAUAAAAUAUUAUAACAAACUUUCCAUUAUAUUAGAAAAUGGAAAUUAAUUUAUUGAAUUAUAAUUCUAUAACUUUUUUAAUGUAUAAUGAUGAAAUUAAGUUAAUAUAAAUAAACAACUAGAUUUAAGUCAAAUGUACUCUUAGGUCAAAUAUUAAUUACCUACCUAUAUUAUUAUAUCUUGCAUGUAUCUAGUUCAAUUGGAUUUUUUAUUUUAUUUAAAAAAGGGGGUUGUCGGUAUUUGUGAAUACAAAAUUAUGCAUGUAUUGGGGGUAGACUUUUGGUCUCAAUAAAUCAGUCUUGAUCUGGA